AUGUCAGAUCUCGAAAGUUUAAAGGUUCUUCAAGGAAUGAUGCUUAACUCCAUUCAAAGAAAGUUCACACUCAAAUAUGGGAGGAUUCUUGAUCUCUUGAGAAUCCUUGUAAAGGUAAAGACAGUCACUUCCUUGUUUCAAUACUUUCUUCUAGCCCCCAUGCUAGAAGUGUUUGGGUUAUACUUGGACAUCCAUAAAUAUAGAAAGGGACUCUACAUGGGAAUGGGUAAAAAAGUAAAGCCUAAGGAACUAGCUGUCACUUUAGGGAUACCCACUGAAGACCUUCUGUCACACUACAAAGAAGACAGAGAUAUCCAAGGUCUCAAAAGAAGUUACAUGGAAGGAGUAGCCCGGAGAAUAGCUGGGGCAGAAAGGUGGAGGUCCUACAUUGACGUCUUAGGUUUGAUAAUGUUUGGGAUAGUCCUUUUCCCUAAUGUAAGUGAGAUUGUUGAUGUUGCUACUAUCAACAUCUUUUGGGCUGUGAAGAAUCUAGAGGUAGAUCCAGUACCCACUCUGCUAGUUGAUGUAUAUUACACCAUGAACACUUUCCAUAGUAAAGAUAGUGGAUCAUUCUGCUGUUGCAUUCCAUUGUUGUACCAAUGGUUUGCCUCACACCUUUAUAAGAACAUCCAUAUGAUAGAGACCAAGGGUAAUCAUGCUUGGGAUCAAAAGCUUAUUUCCCUUGAUGAAAGAUAG